UUAGUGUGAUUUGGAAAGGAAUUUCAAUACAAAUUCAAUACAAUUUGAUUCGAUUUCAAUUUCAUACAGACUUUGCCUACCAUAUAUAUCAACAUAAGCAUAUAUAGUGCCAUAUUAAUCGUGACUGCUUUAUUCAAGUGAGGUUCUUUUCAUUCAAGAAACGAAUGCGAGUGUUGGAUACGGCACACACUCUGCCACUGAUUUUCUUUAAUUUUUUAUGUUCUAAACGGUUUUGGCGUUCAUUUGCAACGCCAACAAGAUUUGAUUUACAAUUCGGGGCGUAAACAAUAUACCCGUUAUGCCGACUAUACGGCGCUGCUGCAUCAUCGGAUGCCUGUCGAAUUCGAGGCAACACCCGAGCAUGCAGUUCUUCGCCUUCCCCAGACCCGACAACCCCUUCCACAAGCUGUGGAAGGAGGCGUGCCACGCCUCAUUGCGACGCAUUAUUCCUUUCAAGAAACCAGUUGUGUGUGCUCUGCACUUUGAUCCCAGUGUGCUGGGCGGAAGGCGUCUGCAGUCAAAUGCGCUGCCCACGCUUCGGUUGGAGGUGCCCUCGAAUCUGGAGGCAGUGGAGCAGCAGGCGAUGGUGGAGGAGAUCGAGCGGAGUCGCAAGUGCGCCUACAUUAAUGCCGUGGUCUACGAGUGGCUCGUCCGUGCCAAUAUCAAUCCUCAGCUGCGUGGCAGCAUCACACAUGGCAUGAUCAAGGACAAGGCGGAGAAUACACGCCAGGUGAUUGGCAGCACAUCCUUUAUAGCGGACAAUCGUUGGCUCAAUCGCUUCCGCGAGACACAUUUGCAGGGAUUUGCUCAGAAGCUGGCAACCAAUCAGCUGAAGCCCAUGGGAACAUCGCUCUGGAUACCGGAUAUUGUGCAGGAUCUGCAGCAUUUGUUUCCGCCAGCCAGCGCAGAGCGUGUGGCGAAGCUGGAGGAGAUGCCGGAGCAAUACAUGAACUACAUGCAGCAGUAUGGCGAGUACGAGGAGGAUGACGACAGUAUGGAUGUCAAGGAUCAGAGCUAUCAGGAGCAACAGCAGCAACAUUUCGCACUACAGCAGCAACAUCUCCAGCAGCAACAGCAGCAGCAGCAACAACAUCAGAUGAAUCCAGCAUGGCCUCCAUUCCCCGGUCAUCCGCUGCCACAUGGACAUCCGCAUCCACAUCCACAUCCUGGAUUCACCAGCCUCAAUGACUUCUACUUUGAACGCCAACUGCAACAACAAAUGCAACAACACCAGCAACAACAACUGCAGGCACAAUUCCCACCGCCAGGAUCAUCACUUUCCCCACCACAUCCAAGAGAACCAUUCCAGCCUCAACUGCCGCCAAAUGCGCUGCAGCAACAACGCGUCAGUCCCUUCCAGCCCGUGCAGCUGGCCAAGCGACCCAAACUGGAGUCACCUGCUGACGAUGAAGUUCAGGCAAUCAAUGCCUCCAUCAAUGUGCGAGAAUCUCCAUUGCCACUGGGUGAAUCCAUCCAACUGGAUCAGCAACGGCACCAGAGCACACCGAAUCCGAGUCCGAAUCCGAGUCCAAAGGAGCAGAACAACAACAACAGCAACGGAGGACGGGACAGUGCCAGCAGCAAGGAGAAUGCUCCCAAGGCAAUCGAUAGCAACAGUGGCAAAUCAACGCCUGUGCUCUCCAUUAAACCCAUCAGUCCUCCUGCAGCCACAGCAACAACAACAUCUUCAUCAGCUCCAGCCUCACCAAAGAAGAUUGCCAAUGGAGGCAGCAGUUCCGGCAGUCAAACAAAUGGACACACAUCACCAGAACCGGAUGCAAACGCGUUUGCAAAUGUAUUAAAGGAACUCGACAGCUACACGCAGGCGCUUGAAUACUUAAAGCCCUUGGAGGAAUUUGUGCUCUUCAAGGAGAAUUUCCGUGCCAUUGGGCUGUUAUCGCAGCUGGAGCUGGUGCUGCGCAAGGGCGACAAAUCCACGCUCAUAGAGGGUUAAGAAAUUAGCCCGAUGAUCUGACAAAAACACCGAUAAACAAAACAAAACACAAAUGUGAUGAACAGUGUACAUAUGGAUUAGCCAAUUACUGAAAUAGUAUUAUUAAUUUGUCUUUCGAAUAUUUGAAUUAAGUAACACAUGUAUAUUUCGAGGAGACAGAAUCUGUGACCAUUUUGUUUUCAUAUAUUUAACAUUCAAUGAGAUUCAAAUAAAUCAUUAAUUUAA